GGCCACACUGAGUCAAAACUGAAACUGAAACUGGCAGGUUGCGGAUCGUAUGUUUAUUAAUUUUUAAACAAAAUUCGCAGUCUAACUUCGCUUUGCCGUAAUUAGUUAGUUAUAAAUUAAAAGCGCGCCGGUCCGAACUGCUUUUCUCUCACAAUUUUGUAUUUGACUCCCCGAAUACACAAAAUCCAAAUGUUGAGAGAAAAGUGAAACGAUAAGCGAAUAUACACAAAUAUGCUGGCGAAUUCAGUGGAAAAGUGCUUAAUUCACAAAUAAAACAGCAAUAUUAAAGCCAUAGUGUCGGAGGAAAAUCCAACUGCUGUCUGUGCGGCGGCGGGUUCAGUGAAUUUUUCGUUUUCCGACCCGCGACGAGGGUGGAAAACGCGUGAAAAACCGAAACGAAAAUCCUGCGUGUGUGUGCAAUUGAAGUGAAUCAAAAUCGCAAAAAAUUAAAGAGUUUGCCAAAAAAUUAAAAAGGUCGAAACGAAGAAAAUGGGCAAAAAGGCGGAAUGCCCGACGGUCGAUUUUUAGUGCGGGAGCAGCUCAAGAAUCCAGUUUCGGGCUGCAAGGCGUGUCAGGAUUGAAAUCGAACUACCACCAUAACCAGCAGCAACAACGACAACAACGAAAACAGCCGCUCUGAGCCAAUUUGGUUGGCCCUUUUCCUGGUUAUUCCUGUUUGACUUCAUUUUCACCCAGCUUUCGCCGCAGAAUUUUGCAUUUCGGAAGACAAAAUGUCGACGCGCUCGCAAUUAACCAAGGACCUCAACGAAAGCGUCAAAUCCAUUCUGGGUCGCCACACAAAGAUACUCGUCAAGUAUAUGGUCAAGUUGGAGACGAAAGGCGACAAGACGGAGAACCGUGUUCUGGUCUUUACCCCUGUGAGGGUCUAUUUGCUCAGUGCCAAAGUGCCCACGAAGAUCGAAUGCCAUUUCCACUACCUGGACAUUGUGGGAGUCGAGAGCAAGAAGUCAAGCCAUUUCUCCAUUGUCACCAGCGAUCGGCCAUACUCGUUUGUCACCACCGGCGAUGCGGGCAAUUUCAGCUCGAACGCUGAUGUCAUUCUGACCGAUCUCGCCUCGGCCAUCAAGCAGAUAUUUCCAACAGUUCCUCUAAAAUACAUUAUCCGAAAGAUCGAUAUACAGCCGCCGGAGCGGGAGACCAUAUUCUCCGAGGAAUUUCGACCCUCCGAUCCGCGAAAUGUGGGCCCUUGUGGGGGAUUCAGUGCCCAGUACGCCUGCAUGUGCGAUUUCCAUGGCGUUCCGUACCGCGAGGAGGUGGCCUGGGAUGUGGACACCAUCUACCUGUCCCACGACACGCGAGUGCUCAACCUGCGCGACUUUGACCACCUGGAGCCAAAAGACUUGAUGGCCAUCGUUUCGGCGCUGGAAUACAACACGUUUUUUCGUGGCCUGAAGGCAGCCCACAUGCGGUUGUCACACGAGACCCUGGAACGCAUCCUGCACGUGCUUAAGCGAUCGAUGUGGCUGGAGGAGCUGCAUCUGGAGGCAUUGGGCUUGAGAUGGGAUUUCCUAAACAAGUUAUCGCUAUCUGUGAUAUCGAAUAGCAAUCCCGCCAUUCGUACCAUCGAUCUGAGCCACAAUAUAAUUGAGGAUAAAGGAGCAAGUUCAUUGUGCGCCCUAUUUGGAAAGAUUGUACAAGGUGCCAUUCAUCUGGCCGGGCCCAUUGCCAAGGUGUCCAAGGGCCUGUGCAAACUGGCCUUGGCCCACUGCGGCCUCACUUCGAAGGGAGUCAACCAGAUGUCGCACUCCCUGACGCUCAAUCAAAGUAUUUCGAACUCGCUCACGUAUCUAGACCUAAGUGGUAAUAGUCUCAAAGAUGAUAUAACCAAUCUGCACAAUUUCCUGGCUCAACCCAAUGUGCUGGAGCACUUGGACCUGGCCUCGACUGACAUUACGCUGGAAAACUUGUUUGGCGCUCUGUUGCGCGGCUGUGCCACGCAUUUGGCCCACCUGAACGUCUCGCACAACUCGUUCAGCACCAAAAAGGGCAAGGAGAUACCGCCCUCGUUCAAGCAGUUCUUCACCAGCACCUUCAGCCUGAAGCACCUCAACAUCGCCGGCUGUAAACUACCCAUGGAGGCGCUGAAGAACCUGCUGCUUGGUCUGGCCUGUAACGAGUCCACGGCGGGGCUUUACCUGGAUCUCAGUAGCAAUACGCUGGGCGCCCAAGGUGCCCACGUGCUCGAGUCCUGCAUCCAUGGAGUGCGUGUGCUGCAGAGCCUGGACAUCAGUGAUAACAAUCUGGAUGCUGAGCUGGCUCCCGUGCUGACGGCCAUAUCGAAGAACCCCUCGAUCCGGACGCUCCACCUGACGCGCAGCCUUACGGGCAUGAAGCCGAAGCACAUUCCGCCCGUCAUGGAUGCUCUGGUGAACCUCAUCCAAAAGGACGACUUCCCGCUGGCCGAGCUGGUGCUGUCGGAGAACAAGCUGAAGCACGACCUGCACGACUUCAUCAACGCACUGGGCAGCAACCAGAGCCUCCAGAAGCUGGACAUCAGUGGCAACUUCAUGGGCGACGUGGGCGCUCGGUUGCUGGCCAAAGCUCUGCAGAUCAACAACCGGCUGCGCACCAUUUACAUGGACAAGAACGGCGUGACGCUGCAGGGCUAUGCGGAUAUCGUUUACGCGCUGGAGCACAACCACAGCAUGCGCACCAUUCCCUUUCCCGUGUUUGACAUCGCUCCGCACCUGAAGAGCCAUCCGGAGAAGACGGAUGCGGUGAUGCGGAAGAUGCAGGAGCUGCUGCAGCGCAACUGCAACGGAUUGAAGCGGGCCACUGGCCAGGGGUUCCGGCUGCAGCAUGGCUUCUUGCUCUCCUCCACGCACCAGCUCGUGGACAAGCUGGUGGCCGAGACACAGGACACUAUUUCGCUGGCCAAGGGCGGCAGCGAUUCCGCGUCGGCGGUGCAGCGACUGAUUUCCGACGCCGAGAACUGCAAGCAGCUGAUGCCCAAGCUGCAGGAGGCCGUUCGCAACGACAGCCAUCCCAUCGAGAUGAAGCUGACCCGCGUGGCCAGCGAACUGGGCUACACGAUCAAGAGCUAUCUGGAGGAGACGCUGGAGACGAUGAUGCGCACUGGCAUCGAGCAGUGCCCCAAGACGCUGGGCAACCAGAUCGUAGUGCAGGAUCUUCGCAAGGGACUCGGCGAGCGUCUGGUGGUGCCCGAGGAGUUUCUCCAGAUCUGCCUACUCAACAACGCCGGCAGCGAGAUUAUGAACAAAGUCUGCGAGAUCGAACAAUCCCUGGCCGCCGCCAUCUCGGAUCGCGCCACAGACGAGGUGCUGGAGGCCCUGACUCGCUAUCGCCGUGGCAUGGGCAUCGCAGAGUCGCCAUCGGUGCUGCUGGACGAACCGCAGACACCGGACAUCGUGCGCAGUCGCUCCAGCCAUGAUGCGGAUGGCUUGAUCAUACGCCCGGGCGGACGAGGCUCGAUAUUGCCCAAACUGGGCUUGGAAUCGCCCACUAAAUUGGAAUAUCUCAACCUUGCAACUCCGCAUCUGCCCACCAAGCGGCGCAGCCUGGCCAAAAAGGUGCGUCCCCAGUCCGUGGUGGAGAAUCUCAGCCUAGGCCACUUCCCCGACCUCCUGGAGUCGCCCUCCUCGCACCGCUCCAGUUCCCAGUUGUCCGCCCGCGCAGCUACUGGCGCCGCCGCAUUGGCGGGAGCCACCAACAUGACCGACAGCAUUGCGGCCAUGGACGACGGUGGAGUGGAUGAGUGCUGCGACUCCAUCACCGAGCUGCCCAGCGCCUCGUUCCAGCUGCAGCACCUGGUGAAGGGGCGGCCGAAGCGGGCCAAGACGCGUGCACCCACCCGGCCGUUGGUCAGUGCCGAGUGCGCCGGGGGCAGCCGGGAGAUCGGCGAGGGUCUGGAGCACUUCUUCCGGCCCGGAUCGGUAACGCCCACGACUCUGACUCCCCUUGUUUCGCCCACGUCGGAGGAGUGCAGCUCGCUGUCCUUCGUGGACAGUCCCACGAUGAGCCGCGACGGCAACGGACACAUGACCUCCGAGGAGACCACGCCCAUUCUGGAGGAGCGUCGACCAAUUAAGCUGGAGCGCCAGUCACCCUUGCUUAAGAGCGCCUCAUGGGCAACCCGCUCCCGGUCCACAGACAACCUGGAGAAGUAUUCGCCGCUGGUGGGACGCAAAUCACCGCUGGUCAAGAUGCGAACAGAGGGCGGACCUGGCUCGGGCACUGCCGGCGGCACUGAGGAGACCAGCUCUAAUCUUCUGAAGGCAACUGCACGCGAGGACAAGACGCGUUCGCCCAGCAGCGAUUCGAUCAAAACCCAUGCCACAGGCGAGGGUAGCGUAAUUGUGAAGACGGGAAAUGGCAUCCUGCGAACGCCUAUUGUCCUGCAGAAACCGCGUCCUUGGUCCGUGGUGGGCAGUGAGCCCAAGGCAAGUGGAGAGCUUGUCACAGGCAAUGGAAAUGCCGAUUCCAGCAAGACCACGCCGGACAAACUAGAAGAAGAUGACGUCGAGGUAGUGACCUUUGGAACGAGCUGCGGUGGCUCCAUCGUGGGCAUCUCGCCGGGAAUAGCCUUAUCAGCGGGUGGCGGUGGCAGCAUUGUGGGCAUCACACCAGGAGCCGCCCUCGAGAAGAAGUCUGUGCGGGAACUAGCAGCGGGACUCAAUAGAAUGGAACUCCCCCUCAAGCCGCCUGUUAUGCCCAGAACGCUGCUAAACGCGGCCAGUGCCCGCACGAGCACCUCCUCCACGGGCUCCACCUCCAACGGGGUGGGUGGGUCAGUAAGCUCAUCCACAACCUCCAUCACGACCUCGACGAUAGUAUUAAACCAGAGCCAGACGCGAUCGAGGAUCGUGAGCUCGACGAGCAACAGUGGCAGCACGGAGACCAUCACAGAGCACAGCAGCACCAGCACCAGCACCAACACCUCCUCAAGCAGCCACGAGAAGCAGCAUGCCAAGGCCUGUGCCAGUCUGAUCAGCAAUGAGAUCCUGAGCAUGCGUAACGGGCAGUUGGGGGCCAAGUCCGGGAGUUGCGCGGAGAGCGGCGGCGUGAAGCGGAUCGCCGGCAAGGAGAUCUCCACGCUUUUCGAGGAGACAUUAGUUGAAGAACUGCAGCAGAGCAUGGCGAGCAGACGCAUGUUUAGAGACUCGCCCUACACCAAGGAGGAUGUCGUUGAUUUAUAAGUGUUCUAGAUAUAUGCUCAACAUUCCCUCACAUCGGCUCCUAGUCCUCCGCCCAACCUGCAACCUCCACUUGCCACAGUUUUGCGUGAUCGAUUGUAGGGUUGAUGAUAAGAUAAGUGAUGAUGAUGAUGAUAAUGAUGAGAUGAUGGAGACGGAUGGAAAGAUGGAAACGAGGUUGCAACUUAUUCGUACUGAACCAUUAAUUUAUGUGCAAUGGCGCGUGUGUGUUGUUUUCAUUUGGCAAUUUAGAAUGAACGUGAUUUAUUUAUUGAUAUAUACCCUGAUACUUUUAUCCAAACUAACCUUUGCAUAUUUUUAAAGAUGUUUUGUGUACUAUAUUUUAUAUUUUUAUGUAUUUAAAAUGAGUUAAGUGCCAAUUAUAUACAGAAUUAACAUUAAACUAUUUUUAGCGUGUGCUAUACAAACAAUUUCAAUGAAACUAACGAAGAUAACGCAAUGAAUAUGAUAUACUAUACAUAUUAUGUAAAUCGAUUGCGUGCAUAAGAACUAUUUUAAUGGUCUAAACCUAGACAAAUCUAAAUGAAAUAUAAUAUUUUUUAUAACUGCUUCCAAAUACAAA